AUGGCGUCUUACCAUCGCGUAUUGAAAGUGUUCGACCGGACCAUUCGAGAUAAAUCCUUAGAAUGCGAUUGCGACAUCCAUCCAUGGGAGGUUCUGAUUAACGGCGAAAGAUGGGCCGGGAAAGUACGGCUCAUUGGCUUCGUCGAUGUUUUCUUCCUCAUGUGUUACUCGGCGGACGCUCGUUUUGAGAAAGGAAUAAUCAUCUAUAAGGACGAUGAGGUCAUCAGAGACACCUUGAAGAGUGCGAACGUAGACGCUUCGCAAAUUAAAUUGGAUGUCGUCAAUGCAAAGGAGAUGAAGGACGAUAGCAACCUGCUCCCGAAAUACUUCGGCUUCACUAGCCAACCGCUCGACUAUCUCAUCAUCGGUCUUGGGCACGAGGUCGGAUUGAAUACGGAAUACCCAAGCUCUUCCUUAAUCAAGUACGAGAUCAAGAUUUUGAAGAGCAAGAACAAAGUUAUGAAAAAACGUGUCAGGCGCGCUGUAACACAGCACAGUCUAAUGGACCUAAUGCAUGAUGCGAUUCGCCUCGGGGUGAUAACACACGCUGAGAUGACAGCGCAGCUCUUAGGGAACUUCUAUGUCGGAAGUGCGACAGAUGAUGCUAUACGCAAAUAUAUGGACACGCUGGGCUCUGCUAGUCGACCAAAUAGCAUUGCAUUGUCGAACGAGAGAUCCUGA